UUACGUUUGCCAAAAAUAUCAACAAAGUAAACAAAUAAAAAACAAAUUAAGCAAUCAAAAUGACUCAAGAUAUGCUGCUGGACAACGAGGAGCCUGCCAAGAGCAAGGAGACAUUCCUGGAGAAGUUCUGCGUGCUGGCCAAGAACGCCACCGGCGCCGCACUGCUUGACGUGCUCAAGCAGGCGCUGGAGGCGCCGAAUGUUUUCGUUUUCGGGGAGCUGCUCGUGGAGCCCAAUGUGGCGGAGCUUAAAGAUGGCCCCGAUGCCAAGUACUACAACACACUGAACCUGUUCGCCUAUGGCACGUACAAGGAGUAUCGAUCCAAGGCCGGGGACUACAUCGAGCUGAGCCCGGCCAUGCAGAAGAAGCUGCAGCACCUGACCAUCGUGUCGCUGGCCAUCAAAACGAAGAGCAUUCCAUACGCCCUGCUGCAGCAAGAGCUGGAAAUCGACAACGUGCGUCAUCUGGAGGAUAUCAUCAUUGAGGCAAUCUAUGCGGACAUCAUUCAUGGCAAACUGUUCCAGAACACACGCAUCCUUGAGGUGGAGUACGCACAGGGUCGGGACAUACCGCCGGGCAACACGGGCAAGAUUGUGGAGACACUCCAAGCGUGGGUCAACUCCUGUGACGGCGUCUCCAGCUGCAUCGAGAAUCAGAUCAAGUACGCCAAUGCCGAGAAAUCCAAGCGUUUGUUCAACAAGGAUCGCGUGGAGAAAGAUCUCAUAAACCUAAAGAAAAUACUCAAGAGUCAGGCCUCGGACAGCGAUGAGAGCAUGCAGAUCGACACGCAUGGACCGAGCGGCAGCGGUGUCCUCAGCCUGGCGGAUCUGCGCAAGAAACCCUCCAAGAUGAAGGCCCAGCGGAAUGCAGGAGUAGUGGGCCUGAAGUUCAGCAAGUGAGUGCAGGCCAGCCGCGCGCAGGAGCUGGACCUGGGCGAGGUAGGCAGCAGCAGCAGCAGCAGCAGCAGCGGCGACUCAAGGUUAGAUGCAACACCGCGCGGCACUUGAGGAAACGGAUGCCAAGCAGCAGCAGGACAAAAACCACAACC